UAAGUGUGAAAAGGAAGGGAAAAUGGGAGAGUGAUGAAUAUAUAUAAUCUACUUGUUGGGUCAACUUCUUUACAAAUCCCCAGUUUUAUUUCUUCAUAGCAUUUAUAAAGGCCGGCCAUCGGGAGAAGUUGGACCAACUGAUUUGUUUGUUUGUUUGCUUUCUUUUCUUUUUUCUUUUUUCUUUUUUCUUUUAUGUUCUAUAUAUAGACUUCCUCACACACACUAAACUUUGUAGGAUUUGUCUUACAGAGAGAGAGAGAUAACUUUGGGACAAUUUAGAAAAGAAAAGAAAAAGCAAGUGGAAGAUAAACCCAUUUCUCCCUUUUGUUUGUUUUUCUUUUUAAAAUUUCUCUAUCAAGUGAGAUCACUUCAAAACAAGAAGAUUACAAGAUUCAGAGUUUCAGUUCUCUGUCGUUUUGUUCUUUCUGAAUUUCUCUGUUUUUUCAAUAUAAGGAGAAAAACACACAAAACAGAGUACUGAAGAGCUGUGUGUCGCUUGAGAAAUUUGGGAUUUAGCAAUGGUUGCUCCAUUAGCAUCUUGGCCAUGGGAGAAUUUGGGGAUGUUCAAGUAUUUGCUAUAUGGGCCGCUGCUUGCAAAUGGUUUAUAUACGUUAUAUGAAGAAGGGAAUAUCAUACACAAUUGGUGUCUCCAUAUUCUUUUGAUCUCUUUACUAAGAGUAGGAAUUCAUGUCGUUUGGAGUUCUUAUAGCAACAUGCUUUUCUUAACAAGAAACCGACGGAUUCUUCAACAAGGAGUUGAUUUCAAACAAAUUGAUAUGGAAUGGGAAUGGGAUAAUUUCUUGUUACUUCAAGCUUUAAUGACUUCCAUGAUGGUUUAUUUGUUCCCUUCACUUGGAAAUCUUCCUCUUUGGAACCCAAAGGGGUUAAUUGCUGUUCUGAUUCUCCAUAUUGUAAUUGCAGAGCCAUUAUUUUACUUCUUCCAUAGAUUAUUUCACUCCAACCAUUAUCUUUUUACUCAUUACCAUUCUCUUCAUCAUUCUUCCUCUGUCCCACAGUCUUUUACAGCUGGAAAUGGGACAGUUCUAGAACAUCUUGCGUGGAGUAUUGUAAUUGGAGCACCAAUUGUUGGAACAAGUCUUCUUGGAUAUGGAUCGACUGCUACGUUUGCUUGUUACGUUUUGGUAUUCGAUUUUCUCAGAUGUUUAGGGCUUUCCAACGUUGAAAUUGUCUCACAUCGGUUGUUUGAUGCAAUCCCAGUUCUUCGAUAUCUUCUCUACACCCCAACGUACCAUACACUUCACCACACAGAGAAAGAGACUAAUUUCUGCCUCUUCAUGCCUCUCUUUGAUGCAAUUGGAAACACACUUCAUAAAUGUUCAUGGAAAUUACAUAAGCAGAAUAGCUUAAAUGCAGGCAAAAAUGGGAGAGUUCCUGAUUUCGUAUUUCUAGCCCAUGUGGUAGAUGUGACUUCAUCAAUGCAUGCACCAUUUGUAUCAAGAUUCUUUGCUUCACGUCCCUUUGUUACAAAAUUAUCCUUGUUCCCAUCUUGGCCCGCUGCCUUCAUUGUAAUGCUCAUCAUGUGGGGUCGCUCUAAAAUCUUCCUUUAUUCUUACUACAAUCUUAGAAAUUGGCUUCAUCAAACAUGGGUCGUUCCAAGGUUCGGAUUUCAGUAUUUCUUGCCAUUUGCAAGAGAAGGGAUUAAUAAGCAUAUAGAGGAUGCAAUUUUGAGAGCUGACAAGCUGGGGGUUAAAGUCAUAAGUCUUGCUGCACUAAAUAAGAACGAAGCAUUGAAUGGUGGGGGAACACUUUUUGUAGAGAAGCAUCCAAAUCUUAGGGUAAGAGUUGUGCAUGGGAAUACACUAACAGCUGCUGUGAUUCUCAAUGAAAUUCCAAAGGAUGUUAAAGAAGUUUUUCUAACUGGGGCAACUUCCAAGCUUGGAAGAGCCAUUGCUCUCUACCUUUGUCGAAGGAAAGUUCGAGUCCUUAUGCUUACACUUUCCACGGAAAGAUUUGAGAAAAUACAAAAGGAAGCACCUGUAGAUUGUCAAAACUACUUGGUUCAAGUUACUAAGUACCAAGCUGCUCGCAAUUGCAAGACUUGGAUUGUUGGGAAGUGGAUCACUCCAAGAGAGCAGAGUUGGGCCCCAAGUGGAACUCAUUUCCAUCAAUUUGUAGUCCCUCCCAUCUUAGCUUUCAGAAGAGAUUGCACCUACGGCGACCUCGCUGCCAUGCGACUGCCCGAGGACGUUCAAGGCCUUGGCAAUUGCGAGUAUACGAUGAGCCGAGGAGUGGUGCAUGCAUGUCAUGCAGGUGGAGUGGUGCACCAUUUGGAAGGGUGGACUCACCACGAAGUUGGGGCUUUAGAUGUGGAUAGAAUUGACCUUGUUUGGGAGGCAGCACUAAAACAUGGCCUAAAACCAGUCUCCACCAAAUGAAAAUAUAAAAUCAAAUAAAUCUUACCCCCCCUUUUCUUUUAAUCCUUUCAUUGCAUUAAAUCAAAAAACAAAAAAAGUAAUUACAAAUAUGAUUUGGUAUAUGUGAACUAGAACCAAUGAAUAUUGAAGCAUUAAAUUUCAAUAUUGCAAAGCCCUUUUUUGUUCUUUGCAUCCAUGUUACUACUUACUAUAUAUGUGUGUGUUUUGUCAACAAAGUUAAAGAAUUAAAGAAGUAGCUGAUUAUUCUCAAUA